GUCACCGGCCACCGGCCACCGAGGAUCGGGGCACUGCGCGAUCCAGAAGCGAGCUCCGGGGAAGGGGCUCGCCCUUCCCACCCACCCCCACCUCUGAGAUCGCCGGCCAGACGGUAGCCUCCGCCUCCUUCCCGGACCCUCCGGGCCUCCCCGGGGAGCCGAGGACGGGUGUGGACUGACCAACGUGGAAAGACUCCUCCAGCUCAGACGGACGGCCCAGGUGGCUUCGGGUGUGGGGGACACGCCCAACUGGAGAAGCCGGCCGGGGCGGUUGCAGCCGGAGCUCCGGGGUGGCGGUGAAUAUUGGUCGGGGCGUAGCUGUUCGUAGGGGAGGAGCGGUGGCUAAACAUGGACCCCUUCGACAGCAGAGCCGCCUAGCGCAGCUCCUCGCUUCCCAGCCGAGCUUCCCUAGGCGCAAACGGGUGAAGGCAGGGGCGCUAACUGGAAUCUGAAGCUCCGGGUGGGCGGGGAAGAUACUGUCCUUGGUGCUGAGCCGGAGCCGGGCCGCGGGUUCGGGGAGCCAGCACCGAGCUGCUGAGCCGCUCCAUCCAGUUGGGGCGGUCGACUAGGGUAGCUUCAAGCUGAAACUCCCUGUCCGGCUCCAACAGUCCACAGAGCCUCCCCGGGGCUCUUGGCCCUUCUGUCAGUCAGAACGUCGCCCCCUGGGGGCAGUUCGUCCCGAAGGGUUUCCUCGAAAGUAUCUAAGAGGGCGCAGUCCUUGACCGAGGGAAUCUCUCUGUUUAGUCCCGGAAGCCACUAGCUGAAAAAGAUGCCUGCCUUCAACAGAUUGUUUUCCCUGGCUUCCCUGGUGCUCAUCUACUGGGUCAGUGUCUGCUUCCCUGUGUGUGUGGAGGUGCCCUCAGAGACGGAGGCUGUUCAGGGCAACCCCAUGAAGCUUCGCUGCAUCUCCUGCAUGAAGAGGGAGGAGGUGGAGGCCACCACGGUGGUGGAAUGGUUCUACAGGCCUGAGGGCGGUAAAGAUCUCCUUAUCUAUGAGUAUCGAAAUGGCCACCAGGAGGUGGAGAGCCCCUUCCAGGGCCGCCUGCAGUGGAACGGGAGCAAGGACCUGCAGGACGUGUCCAUCACUGUGCUCAAUGUCACCCUGAACGACUCCGGCCUCUACACCUGCAAUGUGUCUCGGGAAUUUGAGUUUGAGGCACAUCGUCCCUUUGUGAAGACUACACGGCUUAUCCCCCUUCGAGUCACUGAGGAGGCUGGAGAGGACUUUACCUCUGUGGUCUCAGAAAUCAUGAUGUACAUCCUGCUGGUCUUCCUCACCUUGUGGCUGCUCAUCGAGAUGGUAUACUGCUACAGGAAGGUCUCAAAGGCUGAAGAGGCAGCCCAAGAAAAUGCGUCUGACUACCUUGCCAUCCCAUCAGAGAACAAAGAGAACUCUGCAGUACCAGUGGAGGAAUAGAAGAGACAGGAUGUGGCUUGAGGUGCCUGAACACUGAGGGACUGGAUAUCCCACAUUCAGUGAUGUCAACAGCGUCGGGAGGGUGCCCUAGGGGCCACAUCACUUCCCUUCAUGUAUCCAUCCUUCUAUCCAUUCAUCCAUCCAUCCACUGAACUUUCAUCUCUGACUUCCCAUUCUGUCAGACCUCUGCAUACCAUAAGACUUUGCCAGAAGAGCUGAGGAGCCAACAUUUCCACAUGGGCUCUAUCUCACUCUGUCCUAGCUUUCAAGAAAGCAGCUCUCAUGACAACUGGAUUCUCCUCUGUGUUCCAAAUGACUUUGCACAAGUGUUGGAGGAAGUACCUCUCUCUGUUCUUACCUGGCUUGGACUGGCUUAUUCUCAUUGCUGCAAGAGAAUGGAAGUUUCAUCAAAGGUAGCAGGAGUGCUUAGUUUAGAUCAAGGCAAAAAUCACGGAACUGGAAUUCCUUGAAGUCAUUUUUUUUCCAAGUUCUUGGCCCAUUUGACUAGGGCACGAAAGCAAAGCAUGCCCAUCUAGGUUCUGCAGUUCUAGAAAGAUAUUUAAGCAUGAUCUACUUAAAUUUAAGGAGCUCUUAAAGUUUACAACACUCUCCUGAUCCUAUUGGGAUAAUAUAUGUGUGUUCUUCCCAGAAGCACACUACUGUGAGAUAGCUGAGAGGCUUUUCCUGUGGGUACCGUGACCGAACUUCCUAAUUUCUUCCUUCAAACUUUCUGUGGAUCAGUAUUAUUCCUCAUUUUACAGGAAGCAACUGAGACACAGACAGGACUCAAGUGAAUGAGUGACUUCAGAGGAUGAACUGAAGAAGAUGAGAUAGUUUUGUUUUUGCAAAACUUUGAAAUUGAGCUUGGCUAUGGCCAUGCCCUUUCACAAGCAGACUAGGGUGGAUUGCCCAGCUGAGGCUAACUCUGUCAGGGUCAGGGAACUGGCCAAAAAGCUACAGAGAAGGAUAUGAAGUAGACGUUCCUUUGUGUAAAGAUCUGUGAAUCUGGAAUAUUCUCCAGAUUUCAUCUGAGAAUGAUACAUAAGCUAAGGAAAAUAUGUUCUAGUCUGAGACUUGAUGAGCAAAUGAGUGAAGUCAGAGGGGAAGGAUGGUUAGGUGGCUUCCAGAUAUUUCACCUUGAACUUGUAAUGUCCACAUUUUUCCUAUAUUUUGGUAGAGCAGAGGAACGUUAGGAAAAAAAUUUACUUUCUAUGUUUUAACUGAUGGAGUGACUGGUCAAACUGUGAUGUCCUUCAGUAUCUAGUGAUGAGAGAGGGGAAGAAUGCUUUAUGGGAUAUGAGAAGGUGGAAGUGACUUCUCACUGAAAUUCAGUGAGACAGGUGUCCCUUGGAUCUGGGUCUGUGUCAUUAAUGGGAAAGACCAUAUUCCACUGGCCUUGCGCCUUACUUAACAAGUCCAUUUUUUUCCUUCUCUUCCAUCCCUGAGGAAGCAUUUGAAACAAGUCCUUGAAAACAUAUUCAAGAGUCCAAUUUUACUGAAGAAAAUAUUCUUUCAAUAAACUCAAGGUUCUCUGCAUAGGUAAUUUACCACACAAUCCCUCUAAAAUAGGGGGCAACAUGUAGAUAAUUUUUCUGAUUUUAUGGAGAAAGAGGCCUGGAGUUGCCAUGGAGUUGAUUCCAUCUCACAGCAAACCUACAGGACAGAGUAGAACUGCCCCACAGGGUUUCCAAGGAGCAGCUGGUAGGUUCUAACUGCUGCUAUGGUUAGCAGCCAUAGCUCUUAACCACUGUGCCACCAGGGCUCCAGAAUCCAGAAGCCUGAAUUAGUGUGAGGUUUUUCCCGGUCACAUGGCUGGUUGAUGGCAGAGCUUGCAGUAGUAGCAAGCUACCUACUGCCAUUCCACUUUCUUCUUGGCUCCAGUAGACCAUGCAUCUGCUUGUAAUCAAAUGAUUUGUGAUUGCCUGUAUUCUUUUUAUACAAGCCCAACUCAUCUGAUGUGUCCUGAGUGAUCUGUAACAAAGCUGAAUAGUACCUAGCAUUUCUUUAUUCUUUACAAUUUAUCUUCUCUAUUCUUUUCCUUCCUAUAACUUUGCAACUCGCCUCAUUCUUUCAUUAGGGCUUUAUGGCUUACAAGGCAUGUUCACUUCAAUUAUCUUAUGUCCUCUCCAUAUUAGCUCUUUGAGGUGAAUAUUAUUAAUACCCAUGUCGCAAAUAAAGAAAUUGAGGCUCCCUGAAGUUAAGUACAUUUACGAAAUCAUAAGGUCACAUAGCUGGUACGUGGAGAGUUGGAAUCCAGGUCUUCUGACUCCUAGCCCAGUUCUUUCCUCCCUGCUUUAUUUGUUAACUCUCACUUAAUCUUUGCCUAUCUUGCUUAUACUGGGUUGUUCACCAUCUUCUCUCACCCCUAAUUCCACUCUACUGCUCCUCCACCACUUGGCUUCUUGGUAGAUGCUAGAAAUGUGCUUUGAGAGUCAACCUCAUUUUAGUUCUCCCUUCCUAGUUGGCUUAUGCAUAAUUAUUUCCCCUGAAUACAGUUAAACUCUUUCCUGGGAGACUUGACCAUGACUAUAUAUCUACAAUGUACUGUGAUCACCAGCCUACUUCAAAUCCUCACCCACCAUCUAUUUCUCCCCAUAUUCCUACAAAGGACUCAGACUAAAUGUGCAUUGCUCUGAAAAGUCCUAUGUGGCAUGCGGUGGCUUACUUAAGGGCUCAGAAGAGUUCUCAAGGGCUAUUUUAUCACUUUAGAAACCCCAUCUGUUGUCUUGGUGCUGGGUAUUCCCCAUGACUGAUCCUCAGUGACACAAUUCACUUAAAGGCCAAGCUACGCUGGGUCUGAUCUUCCCUUUCCUAGUGCUUGACAGCUAUGAAUUGCUGAACUCAGUUGACCUUACAGGCACCUUGCCCUCCUGACCUUUACUGUUAGCCAAGUCUCGCAUCACAGCCCCAGCUUCAUGUGGAAACGCUUUAGCAGUGCCCGUCCCUACUCUAACCUUUGGGUUCACAGUCGGCUUGAAACUGUUAUCCUUUACUUUCUCCCUCCCAAGACACCCACACAUUCAGAUAAUUUCUUCUCUGAAUUUCUGGAUUUUCCUUAGAUGUGUAACGAGAACAGUAAGUGGGAAAGGAAUUUCUCAAAGCAUGAAGAUGCUGAGAAAUGUGUACACAAUGGCAACUAGAAGAGACAGUAGCAUUCUCCCCUCCCCCUGAAAAUCCCAAAACUACUGGACUGAAAUGGAAAGUAGAAUUUGUAAACCCACCUGACCUAUCUUUGCAGGAAGAAGCAAGAGCUGGACACAUUUCAGAAUAUAUCGACUUAACAUGGAAAUGAAAAAAAACAAAAAAGCCUUCCUCUCUCCUCCUCUUGUAAAUGAAAAAUCUCCACCUCAAUGAACUCAUCUAGUUGCUGCAAAUGUAUCUGGAUAGUAGGUGGUGUGUUCAUUACUCCAAUCAUCCAUUCAUUCUGCAAACAUUUCCCAGCACC